GUCCCUCUUUGUCUUAACAUAACCUAUUCACACGUGUUGAUUUUGUCAUUUUCAUGUAGAUUUCAAACAAUCCAUGCAAAAUGGUACGAAGACAUAAUAAUCAACUCCCUGAAAACUUACCACAGUUACAAAACUUAAUCAAACGAGAUCCAGCCUCCUACCAUGAAGAAUUCUUACAACAGCACCAACAUUUUCUGAAUACGAUUGAAGCCUUCCAGUUAAGUCCUGACCAAACUAAUAAAACUUUGGACGAUCUUGUGAUGUUUAUGGCACAAGUGGCUCAUUGUUACCCCAAAGAGUUACUUACAUUGCCACAACAACUGGUCGAUUUACUUGAGAAGAACAGCACGGUGUUGAAUAGUACAAUGAGGAUGACUUUCUGUCGAGCUCUUAUUCUGUUACGCAACAAAAAUUUGCUAACCCCUACAGACUUGUUGGAGUUGUUUUUUAAGCUUUUGAGGUGUCAAGAUAAAGCGUUGAGGACAUUUCUAGAAACGCACAUUAUAACAGACAUAAAGAACAUGAACGCUAAACAUAAGAAUGCCAAACUGAACACAUCGUUGCAGAAUUUUAUGUUCACGAUGUUAAAAGAUACCAAUUCAAGGGCGGCAAAAAUGUCAGUCGAUAUAAUGAUUGAAUUGUACAAGAAAAAUGUGUGGAAUGACGCCAAAACUGUCAAUGUUAUUGCGACUGGUUGUUUUUCGAAAUUUACAAAAGUCAUGGUGGCUUCUUUAAAAUUUUUCGUUGGUAAAGAUGAAGAAGAAAAGGAUUCAGACUCUGAUUCUGAAGAUGAAGUUGACCCGAAAGAAGUAAUGAUGGCUAAUAAAGUAAACAAAAAAACAAGAAAAAGGGAAAAGCAGUUGAACAAAGUGAAGAAGUUGGCUUCCAAAGCGUACAAGAAAAAAUCUGCAGCACCUACUUUUAAUUUUUCUGCAAUACAUUUACUUCAUGACCCACAAGGAAUGGCUGAAAAAUUGUUUCAUCAAUUGGAGUCAACAAACAAAAAAUUUGAAGUCAAACUAAUAACACUAGAUGUUAUAUCUCGCCUUAUUGGUUUACAUCAGCUCUUCUUAUUUAGUUACUACCCAUAUAUUCAACGCUUCUUGCAACCCCAUCAACGUGAAGUUACUAGAAUACUGCAAUUUGCAGCACAAGCUAGUCAUGACUUGAUUCCUCCAGAUAUUAUUGAAUCAGUUUUAAAAACCUUGGCAAACAAUUUUAUUACUGAAAGAAAUUCCUCUGACGUGAUGGCGAUAGGAUUAAAUGCAGUACGUGAAAUAUGUUUCAGAUGUCCUUUAGCAAUGAGUGAAGAUCUAUUGAGAGAUUUAGCUAUGUAUAAAACAUAUAGGGAUCGUUCAGUGAUGAUGGCAGCUAAAUCUUUAAUACAUUUGUUCAGAGAUACACGCCCUGAACUUCUGCAUAAAAAAGAUAGAGGGCGUCCUACAGAAGCCACUGAAGAACUAACUCCUAUGAAUUAUGGACAUGUUGACGCCAAAGAUUAUGUACCAGGAGCAGAAGUACUUCUACGGGAAGACAAUGAAGAAGUGGAAAUAGAUUCAGAAUCAGGUUCAGAUGAUGAGGAGUGGAUAGACAUAAAACACUCUUCUGAUGAAGAAAAUGUGAGUGAAGAUGAUGCAACAAAUAGUGAAAGUGAAGAACAAUCUGGGGAUGAGGAAGAUGAUGAUGAAAGCGUCCAAGAUCUUGUAGAAGAGGAAGAAGAAACUGAAGUUGAAAAAAAGACGCAACCAAAACGGAAAAUAUUAAAAGCGAAAAGGUCAAAAGAUGAAAAGACUUCUAAAAGAGAACAAGCGCAUCAAAUUACAAUUGAUAGGAUUUUAACAGAUGAAGAUUUUAAAAGAAUUGAUGUGGCCAAUAUCAAGAAGCACAUUCAAGGGUCCAAGAAAGGUGCCAAGAGAAAAAUUGAAGAAACAAAGUCGAAUGAACGGAAUGAAUUCGUGAAAUUGGGCGAUAUUGAGAACAUUUAUAAAAAACGAAAACAUGAUAAGCAAAGUAGAAUAGAAAGUGUCAGGGCAGGACAAGCAGAUAGAGAGAAGUUUGGUUAUAAAGAUGGAAGAAUGAAUAUUCAUUGUUCAAAAACCAACCGAGAAAAGCGGAAAAAUAAGAAUUACCUUAUGGUUAAACACAAAGUGCAGAGCAAAGGAAAACGGAGUUUCAAGGACAAGCAAAUUGCUCUUAGGAACCAUUUGAUUAAGUUAAAAAAAAUGAAAUAAAUGUAAAGCGACAAUUUGUACAUUAAUUGUUUAUUUAUGAAGUUAAUAUAAUGUUGCUUUUUA